GUACAGAAAGAAAUAAUCAAGAAAUAGUGUGACGAAAUUUUGCCUAAUAAUACAAAACGAAUUACAUAACUUUUUGCAUAACAGAAAAAAAAUCAAGUACAAAAUGGCGCCCGUGAAAGGACCAAAGAAGCCGCUCAAAUCUAUGGAAAAAGCAAUCGAAAAACCGAUAUCAAAGUUAAAAUCAAAGAAAAGUAAGAAAAAGAAUUACCAGAGCUUCUCAAUCUACCUGUACAAGCUACUUCGAACCGUCGCGAAAGAUAACCUCGGCAUUUCAAGAAAAUCCAUGCUCAUUAUGAACAAUUUUGUCAACGACAUGUUGGAAAAAAUCGCCGAAGAAGCCGGAAGAUUGGUCUCGCAUAGCAAAAAAACCACAUUAAGCAGCAGAGAAAUACAGGCAGCUGUCAAACUUAUAAUACCAGGAGAGUUAGCAACACACGCCAAUAUAGAAGCCAUGAAAGCAAUCAGUAUGUAUCACAAGAGUCAUGAACGGGACGCGGCGACGAAAAUUUAAAAAAGAAAAAAGUUAGGUUAGAAUUUGAAGAAGGUUUAAUGUAACAUAUUAAAAUGACAUUUGUAAUUAAUAAUUUAAUUCUGUUGUAUUUUUUAUGAUAUUGUAUGUUUAAUAAAUAAUCAUUUUGUAAAA